AUGUCGAAGAAUGCUGCCACUUAAGGAUAAGAAGUAAAGAAAAAGUAAAUGAUGAAUAAUGACUAAGUUUUGAAUGAAACUUAGAAGAAUGAAAUUAAAAAGGCUUUCGAUUUUUUUGAUAUCACAGGUUCAGGAACAAUUGAAGCAAAAAAUUUAAAGGUUGUAUUGCGUGCAUUAGGAUUCGAUCCAACUAAAGAAGAAAUAGUUAAGCUCAUUAAGGAGUUAGGUAAAGGUGAAAAGCAAUAUGAUACUCAAAGAAUUGACUUUUAAGAAUUCUUAAACAUUAUGAUGGUUAAAAUGAACUAAAAAGAUUCUUAAGAAGAUAUACAAAAAGCAUAUAAUCUCUUUGUAGACAAAUAAAAAGGUGUAAUUACUAUGGAAAGCUUAAAGAAAGUAGUCUAUGAUCUAGAAGAAAAUAUGACAGAUUAGCAGAUUCUCUAGCUUAUUAAAGGUGCCAAUAAAAAUUUAGAUUAUUCUGACAGCGACGAAGCAAACAAGGGUGAUAAAAAGAAUGAUGAAGAUCCUGUAGUAACUAAAGAAUAAUUUAUUAAAAUUCUCUCAAGAGAUUUAAAUGAAGAAAAAAGAAAAUGA